CUUUUUUCUUAUUUAUUUUUAAUCCAUGUUCAAACGUGCAAGUAGAGAACUAGCGAAACAAAGUAUUGUAUCAGAUGAAUUUAAUCCAGAUUCAGUAGAAGAAACCUUUGUUGGUGUAUCCUCUGAUGAAAGUGAUGAUUCUGAUAUGGAAGUCUAUACAGCAAAACAAGUUAAUAACAUGAAAAAACGUAAAUUACCUUUUAACGACGACAGUAGCGAUUCUGAAGAAGACGAAGAACAAUCUUCUGACGAUAAUGAAGAUGAUGGAACAGAACUUGUUUAUACCUGCAAUAUUUGCUCACACAAACGACUGACAUCUGAAGACCGUGUGGAAGCUCAUUUGAAGUCAAAGGGCCAUAUUCGUCGAGCCAAAGUAGCGGCUAAACAAGAAAAAUUGGAACGAUUGACCCCUGAAAUGAAGGAAAAAAUCAAAGAAAAGAUUGAAAAACGACGGGAAGCAUCUCAUAACCGCAAGAAAGCAAAACGUGUUGCAAAGAAACAAAAAGCUUAUUUGAAGAAGAACCCCGAUACUACUAUUGGAGAUAUGAAGAAUGAUACAUCAGCCAGCAUCAAAUCAGAUCAACUCAAGUCCACAAAGUCAACGUCCAAGGAACCCAAGGAAUCAAAAUCUAAGCAAUCAAAACCCAAAGAAUCAAAGCCAAAUGAAUCAAAAUCCAAGAAAUCAAAGGCAAAUGAAUCAAAGUCCAAGGAAUCAAAGUCCAACACCAAAAAGAUGAACAAGAUCAACAAACAAUAGAUCAUAGACAUAAAAUAUUCAUAAUUCUUAGUUAUAGAAAAUACCAUGCCUCUCAUUUGAACUCUAGUAUUAGUCACAUAUCUUUACACUACAUCAUCAUCAUUUAUCAUACAAUAAAACAAAAAUUACAUCAAGAUUUAGUCCAAAGUAUGGUUAAUUUGUUUCUUAUUUGAAUCAAAAUAGAAAAAAAAAAAAAAAAA